AUGGCAAAUCCAUUCAUUCGCCCUUCUAUUCCGGACUAUUUUAUUUCCUCCCCCUUGGUCGCACUCCUUUAUCCCCUGCACCAGGUCCUCCUGCGCCUCCGUGGACCACCUCGGCUCCCGCCCCCAAAUGCGCAUCCUAUCCGCGUCGUCUGUAUUUCAGACACCCACACCCUCGAAUGCCCUGACGUCCCAGAUGGAGACCUCCUAAUCCAUGCUGGUGACCUUGCACAGGAUGGCUCCGUCCGUGAAAUUCAAGCCGCCGUGAACUGGCUUCGCAGCCUCCCACACCCGCAUAAGGUCGUGAUCGGCGGCAAUCAUGACAGCUACUUCGAUACGCGAUCGCGCCUCGAAGAGGAUCGCGACGAACCUACAGCCAGUGGAUUCGCCACCGUCUCAGAAUCCACAGCUUCUAUCCGUUCUUUAGACGAAAUCACUGGCGUAUCCUCGCGCAUCGACUGGGGUGACAUUCACUACCUCCAACAUUCGGCCGUAACUCUCGAGUUCACUCCCCCAUCUGUCUCCGAUACCGACUCCACAUCUUCCUCUACAACUGCGCUAACUAACUCGCGACCGCGCAACUUGACUAUCUACGGUGCCCCGCAAAUCCCUGCUAUUGUACCUCUCGGUCCGGAACACGCUUUUACCUAUCCUCCUCACCACGAUGCCUGGUCGCGCACCGUGCCUUCAGACACCGAUAUCCUAGUCACUCACACCCCGCCUCAAGCGCAUCUCGAUAUGUCCCCAAUCUACUCAAUAGGCUGCCCCAACCUUCUGGCUGAAAGCUGGCGUGUCCGACCACUAUUGCAUGUCUUUGGACACGUUCAUUUCGCCGCGGGGAGAGAACCGAUUUUCUGGGACGAGGCGCAACGCGCGUGGGAGCGGCUCUGUGCUUCGCGUCGCCCCCGUGCAAAGUUUAGUCGCCUGUUCGCCCUAAUGGGAUUCUUGCGGGAUCUCUUCGACCCCGCGAGUUGGGUUGACGUGGCCAGAGUCGUGUUUUACGGAGUUCUCGGUGUUGUUUGGGCGCGUGUCUGGGGUGGGGAGACCAAUGGGGGUGGAUGGUUUGUUAAUGCGGCGUGUAUGUACAAGGAUUCAGGGCGGUUAAGGAAUCCGCCGCAGGUUAUCACUCUCUGA